AUGUCGGACUGGAGCGAGGCCGGGCAACAGCUGCUGCCUGUACAUUGGUCCUCGUUCGACAACCUCCUCGUCAAGGUGCUCUUCAAGGAUGGGCAAUUGUCGCUCAUGGCGACCGACCUCGAGGCCGUUUACUUCGAGUCGCUCACGGCGCGCCAGCUCAACCGCCGGCUUGAGGACGCACUCGCGACCCUCAACGCCCAGAUCCAGAGCCAGACGCAGAGCCAGGGCAUCAUGGUCGGCAUCGGCGACGAGGGCGAGCGCCUCCUGCGCGAGUCGGUCGACGCGCUCGUCGCGGCGGUCGCGGACGGGAGCGCGACGGUCGACAUCUCGCACGAGGCGUUCGAGCACAUCGUCAGCGUCACGGUCCCGUCCAGCUUCACCGUGCGCUUCCUCACGACCUCGCUCGAGCACCAGUCCUCGCCCGCCCUCGCCGCCCACCUCGUCGCGCCCCUCCUCGGCGUGUGCUCGUCGCUGCUCGCCCUUCUGCGCGACGCGUCGACCGACGACGCCGACCUGCUGCGGCGCGUCGAGACGGCGAUCGACGGGUCGGGUACCGCGGAGAGGAUGCAGGAAGGAAGGGCUGCGAGGAGGUUCAUGGGCGUUGGCGGGCCGGCGCUUCUCGGGAGGUGGGUGCAGCGGUCACUGGGCGCCAAGGAAAAGGACCUGCAACCCGUCACGCUCUCGCUCCCGACACGCUCGUCGACCCGCCUCUUCUCUCCCUCGACCAGCACGUCGGCCUCGCAAGCCGCUGCUCCUCCACGUCCCUCGCCGACCAAGCGCCGGCGCUCGCCCUCGCCCGUCGUCGCCUCGCCCUCGCCCACACCCUCGCCCGCCAAGCGCGCACCUCCUCCAUCCUUCGCCAACCGCAUGCUCAAUCACCGAGGGGCGGCAUCGGCGGGCGAGCGCGUCGCCUGGGACGACUCGCAGUCGCAGGCGCCGGCGCGCGACGCCGAGUCGCUCGCCGAGUCGAUGCUGCUCCCUUCUGCGGCGCAGGCGCCCUCGAGCGCACACGACGGCGAGCCUCGGACAGAUGACGAGCAGGAGGGAGGAGGACCGAGAGGGAGGAGAGGCGCCGGGACGACGGACGAGGGUGAGCCGUCGACCGAUGACGAGGUCGCGCCCGUGCGCGCCGCUCCUUCGCCAACGCCGACCCCGGCGCCCGCGCACGACGCCGACGAGGGCGCCGCAGCGUCCGCAGCGGCGAAAAAGCGCGCAGCGGCGCAGGCCGAGAAGGACCUCGAGCGCGAGCGGCGCCGGGCGCGGUUGCGGCAGCUCGAGGUGAGCGCGAGCGUGGCAGGCGAGGCCGGGCAGCGCGACAAGAAGAAGAAGGCCAAGGCGAAGAAACUGCUGUAGCGCGAGGCCUCUGCCAAUCUCUCUUCUCGCGAGC